CCCCUGCCCAGGGACAUGUGCCCCUGCCCCAGCGCCCAGGGCUGCCUGGCCAGACCCUCCAGCUGCCCCAGGCUUUCCUGGUUCCUGCAGUUGGGCUAUUUAAGAGCUGCUGCCUCAGUGGCUGCGAGGCCGUGGGCAGCCGCAUCGCCACAUCAAAGGCUCCAGGUGCCAGGUCAAGAGAUGCUGCUCUUCUGGUGUCUCAUCCUUCUUGGGGGCCUCCUGCCCACCUCCCAAGGCCUCGUCAACCUGGGCAGUGCCCUUGGGCUGAACCCACAGCAACCCAAAGAUGGUCUGCUUGGUACCGGUCUGCUUGGCAGCAGAACAGCUGGAUUGCUUGGCACAGGCCCUUUAGGUGAAGGUGGGCUGCUUGGUACCGGCCUCCUUGGCAAGGCAAGCCCGAGCACAGGCGAAAGUGGAGGUGCCAGUGACGCAGGCAAUAAACCCAGCAGAUCUGGCAUCCUUGGCACAGGCCUCCUGGGAGGACAACCUGGCAGCAGUGGUCUGCUCGGCACAGGCAUCCCUGCUGGGAAAGCUGUUGGUGGUGGUGACCUCAGCAACAGUCUUCUUGGCAAUAUAAACCCUCUUGGAGAGAAAGGGCUGCUUGGCACAGGGCUGCUUGGAAAAGGAGAUCUCCUAAGCAAUGGAAGUCUACUUGGUAUCGGUGGUCUGCUGGGUGAAGGAGGACUUCUGGGUGGAGGAGGACUUCUGGGUGGAGGAGGACUUCUGGGUGGAGGAGGACUUCUGGGUGGAGGAGGACUUCUGGGUGGAGGAGGACUUCUGGGUGAAGGAGGACUUCUGGGUGAAGGAGGACUGCUGAGUGGAGGUCUGCUGAAAAAUGGAAUCCCUUCCAAGUCAACAGCUCUUGCCUGGCUGAAGGCGCUGAACCUCGAGAACGCCCGAGUGUCUUGGAAGAUCCUCCCCGGGGGUGAGCUGGUGCUGAACCUGUACUCCAGGCUGGUACUGCGCUUGCCAGGGAUUUUUCAGUAUCUGAGUGGAUCCUCAAUAGAAACAAACAUCACAUCCCACAUUGCCCUGACCCAGGACAGCCCCAGAGACCUCAAGUUGGUGGUGAAGGAUUGCAACAGCCUGAUGGGUGGCUUCAAGGUCAACCUGCAGAAGGGCUUCCUCAGCAACGUGGUGAGCGGAUUUCUGAACCCUACCCUUCAGGCUCUCGUGCCUGCCGUGCUCUGCCCUGUAGUGAACAUCUGGGUCAGCAUCAUCAAUAUGGAGCUGCAAUUCCUCAACCGUGUCAUCUCCUUCGGGCUCCUGGGGAAAAUCUACUCAGCCCUGCCCCGUCUGCCGCUGACAUCGGAGCAGUCUGUGGAGCUGAACUUGCAGGAUUCUCCUUUCCCAAGUGUCUUCAUCGACUGGCUCCUCAGGACCACGGGCAUCGAGGCCGGGAGCGUUCCGUAGCCGUGGGGCUGGCAGUGCCAGGGGUCCUUCCAGGUACCCCUGAAGGUGAUUCCCACUGCUGCACCCCAGAAGGAGGAGGAGGGAGGGAGGAAGAUCACUCAACACACAGAGAAAAUAGACAUGAAAAUGGAGAAACACAAUCAAGAAAAUAAACUCUUUCUUCUGCAUUGCA